AAUUCGAAAUUUACACCGUCUCUUAAAACUCUCUGUACACACCCACACAAUAGUCCACGUACACGUAGGUCAAAUUAAAUACCGAAAAAAAAAAACAAAAAACAAAAACAAAAACAUUUGACCAUAUAAAUAUAGAAUGUCACAACAGAUUCGCUUCCUCUCUCACACACACACACAAUAGAAUCAGUUUUACAAAAAAAUCGCCAGCUUUUAUUUCCCCUUUCCUCGGCGAUUUCAAUUUCUCUUAUAUAACUCUCUUCUCUCUUCUUCAGAUCUGAUUCAUUCCACAAGCUAUGGAGGUAGAGCAAUCACAACGAUCCAAAAAAGACGACGAUCUAAACAACGGAUCUGUCACCACCACCACAACCGAUGACGAAGAAGUCUCCGUCGAGAGAGUCUUCGAACAAAGCAACGAAGUACCGCCGCCGUGGCAAAACCAGCUCACUUUCAGAGCUUUAAUCGUCAGUUUCAUCCUCGCGAUUCUCUUCACUUUCGUCGUAAUGAAACUCAACUUAACCACCGGAAUCAUCCCGUCGCUUAACAUCUCCGCCGGUUUGCUCGGUUUCUUCUUCGUCAAAACGUGGACGAAGAUUCUCAACAAAGCCGGUGUGUUGAAACAGCCGUUUACUCGGCAAGAGAACACCGUGAUUCAGACUUGUGUCGUCGCUUCCUCCGGUAUCGCCUUUAGUGGUGGGUUUGGUAGUUAUCUGUUUGGAAUGAGUGAUGUUAUUGCAAAACAAUCAGCGGAAGCCAAUUCUGCUAUGAACAUAAAGAAUCCUCAUUUGGGUUGGAUGAUUGGGUUUCUCUUUGUUGUUAGCUUUCUUGGUCUUUUCUCUGUAGUUCCCCUUCGAAAAAUCAUGAUUGUGGACUUCAAAUUGACAUAUCCUAGUGGUACUGCCACUGCCACUCUCAUUAACAGUUUCCACACACCUCAAGGAGCUAAACUUGCAAAGAAGCAAGUGAGAGCAUUGGGGAAGUUCUUCUCAUUCAGUUUCUUGUGGGGUUUCUUUCAAUGGUUCUUUACUUCUGGUGAAGACUGUGGUUUUGCUAAUUUCCCUACAUUUGGUCUCAAAGCCUAUGAAAACAAGUUCUACUUUGAUUUCUCGGCUACCUAUGUUGGUGUUGGAAUGAUUUGCCCGUACCUAAUCAAUGUCUCUCUUCUCAUUGGAUCAAUUCUCUCAUGGGGUGUUAUGUGGCCUCUCAUUGGUGCUCAAAAAGGCAAAUGGUAUUCUGCUGAUCUUCGAGAUAGUAAUCUCCAUGGUCUUCAAGGCUACAGGGUGUUUAUAGGCAUAGCUAUGAUCCUCGGUGAUGGUCUUUACAACUUCAUCAAAGUCUUAGGCCGCACUAUCUUUGGUCUAUACAAGCAAUUCAAGAACAAAGAUGCUCUUCCCAUCAACGACGACCGUUCAUCACCAGACAUUGUAAAAAUUUCUUACGACGACAAAAGAAGAACAGAGCUUUUCCUCAAAGACAAAAUCCCAUCAUGGUUCGCUAUUACCGGUUAUGUAGUCUUGGCUAUAGUCUCAAUCAUCACAGUUCCACACAUCUUCCAUCAGCUCAAAUGGUACCAUAUUUUGACCAUGUACAUAAUCGCCCCUGUCUUAGCCUUUUGCAACGCCUACGGUUGCGGACUCACUGACUGGUCCUUAGCUUCCACAUACGGAAAACUUGCCAUUUUCACUAUCGGAGCCUGGGCAGGCGCUGCCAACGGAGGUGUCUUAGCCGGACUCGCUGCUUGUGGUGUCAUGAUGAACAUUGUCUCAACAGCUUCUGACCUUAUGCAAGAUUUCAAAACCGGUUACAUGACAUUAGCCUCACCAAGAUCAAUGUUCUUGAGCCAAGCUAUUGGAACCGCCAUGGGUUGUGUCAUCUCUCCUUGCGUCUUCUGGCUAUUCUACAAGGCGUUCCCAGAGUUAGGACAACAGGAGUCCGCCUAUCCCGCUCCCUACGCCGCAGUCUACAGAAACAUGUCUAUACUCGGAGUCGAAGGCUUCUCUGCUUUGCCCAAACACUGCCUCGUCCUCUGCUACAUAUUCUUCGCAGCAGCAGUAAUCGUGAACGGCGUAAGGGAUGCCGUGGGAUCAAAAUGGGCUCGAUUUAUCCCACUCCCGAUGGCUAUGGCUAUACCAUUCUACAUCGGAGGUUACUUCACAAUCGACAUGUGUGUGGGAAGUCUCAUAUUGUUCAUCUGGAGGAAACUGAAUAAACCAAAGGCUGAUGCUUACUCUUCCGCCGUCGCUUCGGGUUUGAUCUGCGGUGAAGGCAUUUGGACAUUACCAAGCUCUGUACUUGCCUUGGCUGGUGUUAAACCUCCCAUUUGCAUGAAGUUCUUGUCCAGCUCUGCCAACAAAAAGGUUGAUUCCUUCUUAAGGCAUUAACUAUCAUAUCUCUUGUUUUUCAAUUUGGUUUUUUAGAUUCUCUCUGUCUAGUUUUCAAUUGGCUUUUUAGGUCCUCCUCUGUCUUAAGUUGGUGGUGGUUAUUUUUAGAUUCUUCUACUCAAAAAAAUGUAAAAAAAGAAGAAUGAUUCAAUUAUUCGGGUUUUCUCCUUUCUCUAUU